CCUGCAUUAGUGAAUAUCAAAAUUGUAUUAUGAUUAACGGCGUACAAAACUGUGUUUGUAUUUUAGCAAUGUGUCUACUCGUGAUGCUAGUAGAUUCCUCCUCUUCAUGUCAAUAAUAUAAGGAAUUAUUCCUUCUUGACGUUUUCUAAGAAGCAGGAGUAAGUUUUACAAAUUUAUUAUGUGUACAAUUUUAUCUUAAACAUUAGAAGGAGGUCGAGACGAAUACCUAGCUACAUGAAGCAGACUCCGAGAAACGAUGAAGGCGUGAGCAGCAGAAGGAAGGCGUCGUCUAGGGGGCACCACAAGUUUGUGGGCGUCCGCCAAAGAACAUCGGGAAGAUGGGUGGCUGAAAUCAAAGAUUCCCAACAAAAGUUAAGGCUUUGGCUUGGGACUUUUGACACAGCAGAAGACGCAGCGCGAGCGUAUGACGCUGCUGCUCGUCAACUCAGAGGUGCGAACGCACGCACCAACUUUGAGUUACCAUCUGAUUCUAUUACGCUGGAGAAUGUCGAGCCAUUUUCUUUUGACGCGAUGUGUAGGACAGAAGAGCCUGAAGGACUAAUUGGUGCACUCAAGGCCAAGCUUUUUAAACAAAAGGGCUCCCAGACGAUGCUCAAUCGAGACAGUUCGUCUUCUAACAUGCAAUUUAGUCUUACCGAAGUUUCUCUUCCAAAUUCGUCGAAAAUUAGACAAUCGUCUGCCGCAAUGCCUGCGGUCAAUCAAAUUCAACUACAACCAACUCAUCAUCAUAAUCACAACCAUGAUCAAAUUGAAUCCAUCAGAGUCCAGGAAUGCCGACAAGGCUCGACUCCGGCAUGGCCUACCGAGAAUAAAUUGCCAUGGGGAUCAGAGAUGAGUCUUGUUCAAGAGGAUCCCUCCUUGAUCAAAAAUGGUGCAUGGCCAUCGUCUCACGUAAGUCAAGCAGCUCUUGAUUUGUGUUACGCGAGUAAUCCCUUAGGCGAAUUGCUUAGAAACGACAAGAGAAAAGGGGGUAUUGUACAAGUGAGUGGAUCGAUAUCUUGGGUUUCUCCGAUGGAUCAGAAUGUAUACUAUGAAAAUAACAAUUGGGUUAAUGGUGCUAAUGUUAUCUUGGACUAUGAUCUGCAUGUACAUUCGGUUCUUGGAUGAUAAAAAACACAUGAAAUAUUUAAUA